AUGGGGAUCGUUUCAGAAGAAGCCAUUGAUGAAUUCCAGGAGCUGGUAGAUCAAGUUGAGGAGCCAUUGAAGCAAACAUUUGAGAGAGUUCACCAGGGACACCUGAGGGAGAAUUUGAGUCGUUUCUUGAAAGCAAGAGACUGGAACGUAAGCAAAGCUCAUACAAUGCUGAUGGAAUGUUUGCGUUGGAGGGUGGAUAAUGAAAUUGACAGUAUCUUAUCCAAACCAAUUGUCCCUAGUGAGUUGUACAGGGACAUACGGGACUCUCAGCUCAUAGGAAUGUCAGGCUACACGAAAGAGGGCUUGCCUGUCUUUGCUAUUGGCGUUGGUCUCAGCACAUUCGACAAAGCUUCCGUUCACUACUAUGUUCAAUCCCACAUCCAAAUCAAUGAAUACAGAGACCGUGUAUUACUGCCUUCAAUGUCUAAGAAGAAUGGGCGGCCCAUCACCACCUGCGUCAAGGUUCUAGACAUGACAGGGUUGAAACUUUCAGCACUGAGCCAAAUUAAGUUAGUGACUAUUAUAUCGACCAUCGAUGAUCUCAACUAUCCAGAGAAGACAAACACAUACUAUGUUGUGAACGCUCCUUAUAUAUUCUCCGCUUGUUGGAAGGUUGUAAAACCUCUACUACAAGAGAGGACAAGGCAAAAAGUUCAUGUGUUAUCCGGUUGCGGGAAGGAUGAAUUACUCAAGAUUAUGGACUUCACAUCACUCCCACAUUUCUGUAGAAGGGGAAGCUCUGGGUCAUCUAAUCACAUUCAGAGUUUAGAUUGUUUUUCUGUUGACCAUCUCUUCCAUCAACAGCUAUACAACUAUGUGAAGCACCAUUCUGAAACCAAAGGACGAGCAGAGCCCGCAAAGCAAGGAUCUUUCCACGUGGGUUUUCCUGAGCCUGAUCCUGAGCGUGCUGAGAUAGCCAAAACCAUAGAAUCAGAACUGCACAAGUUCGAGAAAUGCAACGGUCUUCCCAAGCCCAUUUGA